AUGAAUAUGCUUUUCAGGCAGAAGACCAUCGAACCUGUUCAUGGUGAUCAAAUUCUACCACUUCAUUUCUUUGAAAAAAGUCCACUUGUGCAGGGAAACAACAUGGCUGUGUCUCUGGUAUUCGAUGCAGUCCUCGAUCCAGACAUAUUACGGCAGUCUCUCGAAGACUUGAUUAAAAGGGACGGAUGGCAAAGACUGGGAGGUCGACUUAGAAAAAAUGCAAGCAUCAUUGAAUGGCAUAUUCCAGAAAAGUUCACAAAAGAGAGACCAGCAAUCUCUUUUGCACACAUCGACCAUGCCAUGCCAACGGCUUCUCAUCCAUCAGCAUCUCAGAUUCCAAAACCCACAGAGAGCCCUGCCAUCGUGGCGGAUCCAGACCAACUACAAGACCUUGCAUGGGGCCCCGAAUACAGCCCAGGCGGAAUCAACGACUACCUGAGCUCCGACAAGCCAGUACUCGGACUGCGAGUCAAUUCCUUCACAGACAAGACAGUUGUAGUUUUGCAAUGGCAACAUGUAGCAUUCGACGCUCUUGGUUUACAGUAUGUCGUAAAUGCGUGGAAUGCCACUCUCUGGGGCAAAACAGAGGAAGUUCCAACGCCAGUCCCCUAUACCACGGAUCCAUUCGAGUCGUUUGAAACAGGAUCGCGUCCUACAGCCGAGACACAUAUUCUAAGCGAAAGAAAUGUGGGCCUGGCUGGUCUAAUUAGGUGGGGACUGGGAUAUGGCUUUGAUAUGUUAGCACGAGCGAAAGAAAAUCGCAUGCUCUGCGUUCCAAAAUCAUACUGGCAGCCGCAGCUUGACAGGGCCUUGAGUGAACUUCAUGCCGAGGCUGCGGCCAAUGGAGACGAUAAAUCAAAGGUGUUCUUAACCGAAAACGAUAUCAUCACUGCGUGGGUUCUGCGUUGCGUAGUUGGCGAGAUGGGGAUGGAUCCCCAGAGAACGGUUGCCGCAUCCAUCGCCAUGUCCCUGCGCAAGGCCUUUGAGGGCGAUCUUAUCCCUGCAUCCUGCGAUCAGCCAUACAUCGGCAACGCCUAUGGCUGGGCCAAUAUACUCACUACCGCGGAAGAUGUCAUGAGAAAGCCAAUGAGUUGGCUUGCACAGCAGAUACGCUUCGCGAUCAAUUUUCAGGGAACUCCUGCUCAGCACGAGGCCUACUAUGCUGCCGUGCGAACGGCUGGUUACGGACUGCCUGUUGCUAUCUUUGGGGACGGUGGAAUGGCCCAGGUGGGAUUUUCAAAUUGGACCAAGGCUGGGCUAUUUGAUCUUGACUUCUCGCCGGCUGUUCAAGGGACCGACGGGGGCAGUGCGCCGUGCAGGCCAUGUUACAUUCAAGAGAACCACGGUCCUAUCAAGCCUGGUGAUGGCUUUUUCAUCUUGGGGAAAGAUCAAGAGGGCAAUUAUUGGAUCUCAGCAUAUAAGUUAAAGGGUCAGUGGGCAAAGUUUGAGAAGCAGAUGAAGAAGGACUUUGAGGAUGAAUCUUGA